UGCUCCCAGCCACAGCCUCGGUGCCUCGCUCAGCUCCAGCAUGGCAAAAGUCCCCAGCCCCACUGAGACCGAGCGGUGCUUUGAGUCCCUGAUCGCUGUGUUCCAGAAGUAUGCUGGAAAGGACGGUUACAGCUACACUCUGUCCAAGACUGAGUUUCUGAACUUCAUGAACACAGAGCUGGCUGCCUUCACAAAGAAUCAGAAGGACCCUGGCGUGCUUGACCACAUGAUGAAGAAACUGGACCUCAACUCUGAUGGGCAGUUAGAUUUCCAAGAAUUCCUUAAUCUUAUCGGAGGCAUGGCUGUGGCUUGUCAUGAAUCCUUUCUCAAGGCUGCCCAUCCUCACAAGCAGAUGUGAGGACCCCACCUGGCCUCCAAACCCACCCCAUUUCCUUCUAGACCCCAUCAUCAACCCCUCCUCAGAGCCCACACAUCCCCUGAGCCCAGCACAUCCACUACCCCAUGCAGGCCUCACUUGCAGUUAGCAAUAAAACAGUAUCAUUUUUUAAAAAACA